GGAUCCCCGUCGCAUAACUCCACGAUUGGCCAGCGCAAACUCACCACCACAAAUAAUCACAACUCCGCCAUCGCAAUGGCUCUCCCCUCAAUAGCCCUCCCAGGGCAGCUCCUCGGCGCAACAGACAAAUACCUCCCCGGCCCAGGGACGCACAUUCACGAACAACAGAUCUACGCCUCAAUAGCAGGACCCGUCAUCUCCUCGCCAUCACCACGUCCAUCGCAACCUCCCUCGAGCUCCACCACCCCAUCCAAAUCGAAACUCGUGCCCCUCCUCUCCAUAUCCCGGCCCACCUCGACAACCGACCCAGGCAUCCUAGGCACCGGCAGUGGCGGCGGCGGCAACAUACUCCCAGAAGUCGACGCCAUCGUGUUGGCGCGCAUAACGCGCCUAGGCCCGCGCUUCGCAACGUGCGAGAUCCUCGUCAUCAACGACACGGUCUGCCGCGAAGCGUUCCAGGGCCAGAUCCGACGGGAAGAUAUUCGCGCCACGGAGAAGGACAAGAUCAAGAUGGAGGAGAGUUUCCGGGUCGGCGACUUGGUACGGGGCGUGGUGAUUAGCUUGGGGGAUAGCGGGAAUUACUACGUUGCUACGGAGCGGAAUGAGUUGGGGGUUGUCAUGGCCAGGAGCGAUGAGGGGAGGCUGAUGUAUCCGGUUAGUUGGAAGGAGUUUCGCGAUCCGGUUACGGGCAAGGGGGAGCCGAGGAAGGCUGCUAAGCCAUUUUGAUGGGUGGGUUGUGUAAGAGAGAGAGAGAGAGAGAUGGUGAAGAGUAUGGGUUCAAGGGCUUUUGCUUGGGCCUUUACACACUAGCUUCAGUAUGACCAGAUCGUGGAGGAACAUUUGAAGGCAUGCUAUGGGUUUGGAGGCAGUAUACCGUCCACAAACUCGAAAUCUCUGCGGCACAAACACUUGUAGCCGCACGCCGGUGUU